CAGAAACAGUGCACUCUUGGGUACUUCCGCUGCAGGAGGUCAAGGCAGCAGUUCUCAAUCCCCUCUGCGAGUUCUACCUUGCCAGGACUCUGCCCUUCCCCAGAAGGAGCAGGAGAAAAUGACGAAGUUUCAGGAGGCAGUGACGGUCAAGGACGUGGCUGUGGUCUUCACGGAGGAGGAGCUGGGGCUGCUGGACUCUGCCCAGAGGGGGCUGUACCGAGAAGUGACGCUGGAGAACUUCAGGAACCUGCUGUCAGUGGGCUACCAGCCCUUCAAACUAGAUACGCUGUUAUGGUUGGGAAGAGAAGAGAAGCUUUGGGUGACAGAGGCAGAGACCCAAGGAGAUGGGUGCUCAGGACACAGGAAGCAAAAUGAGAUAGAGACUCUUCAAGAAGUAGGAUUAAGAUACCUUUUACAUGAAGAUCUUAUGUGCUGGCAAAUAUUGGAACAAUUUACAACUAAAUCAGCCAGAAAUCAAGACUCCAUAGUAAAUCUUCAAGGCAAGAGGUCCAAGUUGCUAAAACAAGGAGAUCUUCCCUGUUGGGUAUGGGCAGGAGAAUCUAUUCAGGUCUCUGAAGAUGAGAACUAUGUAAUAAAGCUUAAAAGGGAGAGUUCCAAUAGUAUAAAAAAUCAAGAGUCUCCAAUUAGGACUACCUGGGAUUUCUGGAGGAGAAUGUAUCUGAGAGAAUCACAGAAUUAUCAGAAUAGGUGUCAGCAAAUUGAUGUGACAAAGAAACUCUAUAAAUGUGAUCAUCAUGUUAGGAGGAGGAUUGCUCACGACCAUGAUGAUCAGGCAGUGCACAAAAGAGAGGGAGCUUUCAGCCACGAUAAUUGUGGAAAAGGCUUUGUGAAGAAAUCAUCCCAGUGUAGUAUAAUCCAAUCAGGAGAGCAAACCUCUGAUGAGAAUGGAAAAGGCUUCAACAUUGGCUCUAAUCUUGAACGUCAUCAGCAAUUGCACUUAGGCGAGAAGCCCCUUAUAUAUAUUGAGUAUGGGAAAGGCAUGGGUUGUAGGUGGGUGCUUCCCAUGCAUCAGAGUAUCCACACGGGACAGAAGUGCUGUAGGAAUGGUGAGUGUGGAGGCUUCAGUCAGAGCUCACAUCUGCAACCUCCUCAGAGAGUCCACACAGCAGAGAGACCCCACAAAUGUCGGGUAUAUGCUCAGAGCUUAAGUAAGAACUGUCUUCCCACUCAUGAGCUUAUUCACCUAGUAGAGAAGCUGCAUACAUGUGACAGGUGUGGGAAGGGCUUUUGUCAUAGCUCAGAUCUUAACAUUCACUGUGUAGACAACGCUGAAGAGAGAGCGUGUCAAUGUGAUACGUACAAUAAAGGCUUCAGUCAGAUGUCACAACUUCAAGUCCACCAGAGAGCCCACCCUAGAGAUAAACACAACUGGGAGGCACCUGACAGGACAUUUAAUCAGACUUCUGGUCUUCAUCAGAGAGUUCACACUGGAGAGAAACCAUAUAAAUGUGAGGUGUGUGGGAAGGGCUUCAGUAAGAAUUCGUAUCUUCAGGUUCAUCAGAGAGUCCAUAAUGGUGAUAAAUCCAGUGCACACUGACGAAUGUGGCAAAGGCGUUCUUCAAGACUCAGACUUCUCAUUUUCCUCAGAAAAUCCGCACAGCAGAGAAUAUUUAUAAAAUGUCAUGUUGUAAGAAUUCACUAGUGAGCUGAGUUUUCUACAGUCAUCUGAAUUCUGUUGGAGUAGAACUGUUUUUUUGUAUGAAUAUGACCAGCACUUCAAGCACAGCCCAAAAUGUCACAGUUCUCAAGAAAACACCCAACAGAGAAUCCCUGUAAGAAUGGCACAAGAGUUUUAAUCUUCGUGUUCAAUAGAGGCUGCACAGGAAAGAGGCCUUUAAAAAUGAUAAGUAAGGUUGGGACUUGAACAAAAGUAUAAUGAUGGACAUGACAAAAUCCAUUUCUGCUAGAAUAUAACCUUCCUGGAGGCAGAAACUUUGUUUACUGCUGUACGAUCAUGACCUUGAACCAGUGCCUAACAAAUCAUAGGUGCUCUGGAAUUGAUUAACUUGAUAGGAAAAACCUAUCAUAAUUAGGGAAAAUAUUUGCAAAUGUUUAAUGAGUUCAACCCCUAUUAGUCACGGUAAUUGUACUAGGAAAAGGAAAAAUGUUCUCGUAAGAAGCCUUAAAAACGAAUUCAAGGAAAUGAUCGUUUAAUAAAAAUGCCUAAAAUCAUGCAAACUGCAA